UUAUCAAGUUUUUUUUUAUAUAUUCCGAUAAUGUUACUUUUUAAUUGAAGACUCAACAAAAAAUAAUUGAAAGAAUUUAUUCUAAAGGCAAAUUCCAAUUUUAAGUUUUGUUUUACCUACCUGCCUUUCACUAUGAAAGUUUUAAUCCUUGUAUUAUUAAAAAAAUGAUAAUUUAAAAUGACUUAAUAUACAGCCUUUGUUUGUUUUUGGGGUACUUUAGAUUUAGUACAACAGUAUAUGUAUUGAUGAACAAAUUCUAAUAAAGAAUUUAAAACAAUGGACAAGGCUAACAGUGAUGACUCUUCAAGCUCUCCUUCUCAAAACAAUAUGGAUAUUGGAGAUUAUGACUUGUCGGAAUGGAAUCUGGAGUGUUUGAAGCAAGCUGCGGUGGAGCACCGGUUGGCGCGUCCACGCGGCUUAGCGUGGGCCAUCCUAUUGCAAGCUUUACCUUCACCACAAGCAGACAUUGUUGCCAGCUUAAGAAGUCACAGAAUGUUUUACGACGACAUUAAAAUGAAACUAUCAAUGGACCCCCGAGCUGUGAUUGGAGAUGAUCCACUUUCACAAAGUGAUGAGAGUGUUUGGAAGCAACAUUUUUGUGAUAAUGAACUUAAGGCGGUGAUCACACAAGACGUUGUCAGAACAUUCCCAGACGAACUUUAUUUUCGAGACAAAGACGUUCAGGAUACAAUGGUUCGGGUGUUAUUCUUCUGGGCACGUUCACAUUCUCACGUCGGAUAUAGACAGGGUAUGCAUGAGAUCGUGGCGCCCAUACUAUUUGAAUUGUUUCAAGACAGAAGGUUCGCACCAAAGGAACUCAGUCAAAUAUUGAAAUAUGUCCUGGACGACGACUACCUUGAACAUGACAGCUACAUGCUUUUUAAUGCAGUGAUGAGAGGACUUGAAAGAUUUUACACAACCGGCGAAAUAGUGCCAACGCCCAGUGGUAGAUUGCCCACUUCUAAAACGGUGCAUAAUCCAAAUGAGGUAAUUAGAUAUUUAGACCAAGUGAAAGAAGAGUUUUUAGUGCCAUUAGACCACGAGGUCGCAUCACAUUUAGCAUCCUGCAACAUUACAAUGGAGUUGUUCGGAAUUCGGUGGCUGCGACUAUUAUUUGGACGCGAGUUCACGCGGGGUGAAAUCCCGCACUUAUGGGGGUUCAUAUUUGCCGACGGACCCUCGUUGCCUCAUAUACAUUUUAUCAUAGUUGCUAUGCUCAUCUCGUUAAGGAAUAUAUGUGAGUAAAAUUUUUUAUUACCAUAAAAUUGUAUUAGUACAUAAGUCAUAACCAGUCUAAAGAAAGCUUAAAUAACAAACUGCCACUUGAUCUCCCAUUCCAUUGUUUUGUCAACGUAAUUUGCUUGAAUACGUCGAUAAUUUCAGUAAAACUUGUGUUUUACUAAGCUAGCACAGCCUUUUAAAAUCGACAUUCGAUAUUUUGUAAAUUACUAGCUUUCCGCCAGCGGCUUCGCUCGCGUGGUCUUGUUUCAUACAUUCCUUUUGAAUCACCCCAUCUAUUAAAAAAAACCGCAUCAAAAUCCGUUGCGUAGUAAAGAUUUAAGCAUACAUAGGUACAGAGAAAGCGACUUUGUUUUAUAUUAUGUAGUGAUGUAAUCUUCUGUCUUGAUGCAACUUGCGUAUUUUUAAUGGCGUAGAGCAGGGGUCGGCAACCUGCGGCUCUUUCGAUGUAAAUUUGCAACUCUCAAUUUCCAUUUUCAAAAUAGAAUACUACUGCAAAACUUCAAACUCUGGAUGUUGGAUUAGAAGGCCCAUUGAAGUCGUAUUAUACUUCGGUUGUAGAUUCGUGGCUAUUGAGACAUCCCGGGGUAACCUCUAACUCUAUACAAUGUUGCUGAGUGUGUUGGAUGUGCAUACAUGAAACCUAUGACUCCGAUAAACAGUAAACGCGUUCAAGAAAAUUGGAAUAUUCCCUUUCGAUAACUGCAUUUUUACGGAAGUUGAUUUUAUGCCUAGUACCGUAACAGAUAGGCCACAGGUCGUACAAAAAAUUGAUGAGCAACAAGAAAAAUCUUCAAAAUCUCUUUCUAUCCUUGAGAACUUUGGUUCUACAAAUCGAGAUAACGAUAUCAUGCCACCAAUGAUUGAAGUGUCCGAUUUUCAAGUUUUAUUACUAGCUCAUGAAGAUGUCGAUCUGCAAGUUAACUUGCAAAAAAACCAAGAUGACAACACCACACUACCAAUAAAUUAAAGCUCCCGUGUCACAAGAUCCAUUACCCGUGCGUGAGAAUGUUACUCUGCAACAAAAUUUGUCGAUAAACCCUGAUAGCGAUAUCACACCUCCAGUAAUAGAAGUUUUUCACUCGCCACCUCUAUUACGAGUGCUUAAAGAAGUUGGAAACCAAGAUAUCACGCCUCGUAUAAUAGAAGCUGCCGGUCCGUCAAAGUUCAUUUCGCCCCAGGAAUGUAUGCGAUCAAAAAAAACGAAACAACUUCUAGGAAAAGCAUGAUCGCUACGGAUACGCCUGAAAAAGAUGCUAUUGCCGCAAAGAAAAUAAAAAUAAAUAAAAAGAAAUUGAAAAAGCAAAGCAAGAUCUGUUCACAGAUGUUAAAUCCCAAAAUAAGACAAAGAAAAAGAAUAAAAAAGCCAUUAAGGAAAGAAAAAAAGAUAUUAUAGAAAGCAACGACAGUUCAGAUGAAUCGUCGUCUGGUGAAGAAUAUAUUAGUGAAAAUAUAGAUGAGGAUGACGAAGACAUACUGGACGGUAAUUUUUUACCUUUACUACGAA